AACAGCAAUGUGUGCAUUCGGGCUCAGGGUAUUUCGUCAGUGAAUUCCAAAAGAGAUUAUGUCUAAACCACAAUCAUCAUGGAACAAUCAGCAGAAUGUAUGCAACAGUAGUGCAGUCUCAGCAGAAACUGUAGUACUGUCUUCUGUAAAUCUGGCGAUGGACUCACUUCUUAGAUACAGUAAUAUUAUAUCAACAUGGCUGCCAGAAUAUCUUUGAUUGCUUUUCACCAUUACAUGUUUGAAACCCUGUGUUGCUACAGACAAAGUGGUAAGUCUGCAUCCUCGGAUGGUGUUUUCUCAUGCAGGGCUUGUUUGUCCGCUCUGUGACUCUGCCUCUUGACCUUUACUCUCCUCCAGGCUCCCUGGUGGUUUGUACAGGCCUGUCCUUCUACUUAAGCUGUGCAUACAAGGCCUGUGGAUGGCAGCUGCAGUGUCACUGGGAAACUUCACAGCUUUGCCUGAAGGCACUCCAGUGAACAGAACUGACUUGUUCUGUUCUGUUUAGAGGAUCUGACUGAUGCUGCUUUGUCUUAUCUUUACAGGUUGGAAGAGGGGUUGUUUUAGGUAGCCGAUAUAGAGUUUGUUUUUCUUCAACUAACUAUCAUUAUACAUAGAUAUACAAAAAUCUAUAAGGCAUUUAACUCCUGUUGAUGAAAACGAGUCAGAUACAGAUAUAAAAAGUGGCAGACCUGUUUCAAUUGGUGUGUCAUAUAGAAUUCGUGACCAGAUUUAAAGUGACGCUCCCUUGUGGAGACCAUGAACGCAACAGUAAAUAUGUGACGUGUGGGUGGAGCUGUGGGUUCAGUGCAGCUGUACCAGCCCUGACUCUGUGAUCAGUUACAAAGGAUGCCACCAGUGGAAAACCAUCACAUGGAAGAAAUGCGUGAAAAUGGAGCUGAAUGUAUUUGAUUUUUUGUUAUUAUAUAUUGUAUUGUAUUUACUUCCCGCAGAAUCAAAACCUCAAUUGUUUUUUGAAUGAGAAUAUCUCUGUUUUGGCAAACAAGUUUCCUUAUCAUGCAUGCAUUUGCCUAUAGGCUUAGUUGUAUGGAGUUUCCAUUUUUAUUUGUAUUUUUCAAAUAUCCUUCGCUGGACAUGUAGAAAAUGUUGACUGCGAGGACGCCCGCAUGUCUUGCUGGUGAGAGAGACUGAAAACAAUGCCCGACACGCUGCUUUCUUUAGAAAACUUACUCUAAAGUUCUCUUUAUGGCGUUUCAAAAUGACAGACUCUAACUUGAGGAACGAAAGCAACUAUGGGAUCUAUUUUGUUGAAGCUUUCAACGGAUCCGUUUUGGACCAAACAUUUAAAAACGACAGCAUCACGACAUGCACGAACUUCAUUAUGGACCCGCAAGUUAUCGGGGUUGGGAUCAUUCUCUCCAUUUUUAUUUUGGUGGCAAUUGUUGGGAACAUUUUGGUUAUCCUGUCUGUCGUGUGCAAUAAACAUUUGCAGACUGUCACAAACUUCUUCAUUGUCAACUUAGCCAUGGCAGACCUGCUGUUGAGCAUUAUCGUGCUGCCUUUCUCUGCAUCUCUGGAGGUUCUGGGAUGCUGGGUGUUUGGCCGGGUUUUCUGUAACAUCUGGGCUGCGGUGGAUGUGCUCUGCUGCACCGCAUCCAUCCUCAGCCUCUGCAUCAUCUCCGUAGACCGGUACAUAGGUGUUAAACACUGCCUGAAAUACCCAAGUAUUAUGACAGAGAGGAAGGCAGUGGCUAUUUUAGUCCUAGUUUGGGUAUCAUCCACGGUCAUCUCUGUCGGACCGCUGCUGGGAUGGAAGGAACCGCCGCCUGUGGACGACAGCAUCUGCAGGAUCACAGAGGAGCCGGGCUACGCGCUCUUUUCCUCUCUCUUCUCUUUCUACCUCCCGCUCAUGGUCAUCCUCAUCAUGUAUUUUAGGGUCUACGUGGUGGCCCGCAGGACUACCAAGAGCCUAGAGGCGGGCGUCAAACGAGAGAGAAAUAAGUCGAUAGAAGUGGUCCUCCGGAUACACUGUCGCAGCGUGCUGGAGGACGCGCGCUCGUCCAGCUCAAAAAGCAGCAAAAACCACCCGUUUCGAAGUUCGCUGUCAGUGCGGCUGAUGAAGUUCUCCCGGGAGAAAAAGGCGGCUAAAACCCUCGCCAUCGUUGUGGGAAUGUUCAUCUUGUGUUGGCUGCCCUUUUUCUUCUUUCUGCCCAUGGGUUCCUUCUUCCCGGCACUGAAACCAUCCGAAACUGUGUUCAAGGUGAUCUUCUGGCUGGGCUACUUCAACAGCUGCAUCAACCCCAUGAUCUACCCCUGCUCCAGCAAAGAGUUCCAGCGAGCUUUCACUCGGCUUCUCAGGUGCCAGUGUCACCAAAGACAGAGGGUCCUGCGUCGCUUCUAUGACCAGAGGUGGCGGACAGCUGUCAAGGAAAUGACAAGGGAUCAGAGGGGAGACUAUAAGCCUGGCUAUGCUGUGCAUGAAUCCUAUGGCAGCUCUUUGUUACACAAGGGGAAAGGGCGCUCGCUAGGUUUCAAGAGAUGGAGCCUGUUUCCACCACUGCAAAAGUCCUCCUUCCAGCUCAAAGAGAAAGUGAACAAUCUGUCAAAUAAAAUCAAGGGAGGGACAGGAAAAAGUACCACACCUACAGUGGGCCGGAUUGAUAUAGUAGACACAGUCUCUAUGGGAAUUUACAACUCCUGCGAGCAGAGCAGUUAUCAGUUCUAUGAUCUGUCAGACUGCUAUGGCCUGAAAGAAACUGACAUUUAGAGGAGAACCAGACAAUUUUUUUAUUUAUUUUCAAAGGGUCAUAUUGGACCAACAUGCAAGAAAGACUGUGAUAGCACAAAAUUUUGUGUUUACAAAAUAUCAGAGAAUCCAAGCUGUGAACUGAGAACGAUGGCUUGAUCCCAGCACAAAGAGGACUACAACUUUAUCUCAAUCCCCUCAUCCCCAUCAUGUUUAUUUAAGAUGAAACUUCUUGUGAGCUGCUUAAAGCCACAUUUUGGAAGUGGACACAAAAGUAGCCAACUCCUUGACUUAAUGUGACUGCUGUCACUUGGAAGGACUGUGCAUCGACAUUACACAGCCCACAGUGGACAGGUGUACGCACUUUCGGCAAGACAUUUAACAUAAGCCUCAUUAUUACUGUUACACUCAUUUCUUUAAAUUUUCCAUGUCUGUAACUAUUAGCCAACUGACACUGUGUGGUGACUCCCAAUGAAUUGUGACUGCUUUGUUUGAUAUUCAGCUGAUUUUAAACAAAAAAUACAACUGUAAUGGAUUGAAACAAAUAUUUUGAAACUCUAACAGAGCAAAGUUUGUCAUAUGUGCAAUUUUUUAUUGUUGCAAGAAUGUCUGGAUUUAAUCAAAUGUAAUGUCAGAAUUGAUUAUGAUACUUCAUCUGCCAUUUUUCUGUUUUGACAAGGCAUUGUAAAGAUAAGAUGCCAGCUAAGAAUAAAGAUGCUGCACAGUAUUUAUUCUAACUGUUAACGGUUAAAAGUUAACUUGGCAUUGAUAUGUACAAUGGUUUAAAUAAAAACCCAUGAGUCUACUUGGACCACCAAACUGUAAUUUGCAUUGCCAAGUGAGUGAGUGCUAAUGUGAAAUGAACAUGCUUUUUUUUUUGCAUUUUCCAAUGUUAAGUUUGUUUAUGUAAGAUGAAAAGCAAAAUAAAAUGGAGAGAAAACAA